AUGAGUGAUGAUAAAUUAAUUUGUGUUGGAGUAAAUUCUGGAACAUCAGUUGAUGCCAUUGAUGUUGUUAUUUGUGAAAUUAGUGACGAUACUACUACAAGAAGUACAUUUAUUGAACAUCAUGAAUUGCCCAUUCCGAUCAUGAAAGUAGUAGCAUUUGAAUCAAUUCCUUGGGAAUCGAAUAUGAGAGAUAGAAUUUUCAAGUUGAUGCGAUCAAAUCAAUUGAGUGCAAAGGAAUUUUGUGAAAUGAAUACCUUGAUUGGAAAGCAUUUUGCAUUAGCUAUUGAAAAUACUUGUUUAAAGAAUAAUAUUGCUUUGCAGAGUAUUGAUGUGAUAGGAUCCCAUGGUCAAACUAUUUAUCAUCAAGUGGAAAGUAACAAAUUCAGAGAAGGUGAAUCAUUGGACGAAUCUAUAGUUCGUUCAACAUUACAAAUUGGAGAACCUGGCGAAAUUUCUGCAUAUUUAAGAUUACCAGUUAUUUCAAAUUUCAGAACUAGUGAUGUAGCUCUGGGUGGACAAGGUGCUCCAUUGACUUCCAUAUUUGACUUUUUAAUGUUAAGGCAUCCAACCAAGUGGAGGGCAAUCCAAAAUAUUGGUGGAAUUGGAAAUGUUACCUUUGUUCCUCCUCUAAAUAUUCAGGUGGAAGAUGCUUCUUCGUUGACAGUUUCUUUUGAUACUGGUCCAGGAAAUGCCUUAAUUGAUGACUGCGUUAGAGUUAUUUCUGGUGGAGAACUUCAAAUGGAUGAGAAUGGUGAUAUGGCUAGGAGUACAUUUGCUGCCGAUACAUCAUUAUUUGACAAACUAUUGAAAAUUUAUGGAAAUUAUUUAGAAAUGCCAUUCCCAAAAACUACAGGAAGAGAACUUUUUGGCAGAGAUCAAGUUGAGAAAUUAUUGGAACCUUUGGAAUUAAGAACAUCUAACAAAUCUGAUCCACUAUUUUGUAUCGUCGCUAGAACAUUUACAGACUUUACUGCCUAUAGCAUUGUAAAGGCUUAUGAAAUGGUUUGCAACAAGUUGAAUAUCGAUGAUUUUGAUGUUAUUGUUGCAGGUGGAGGCCAAAAGAACUCUUUCUUAAUGGAAACACUUUCUCACCUCUUGAAUUCUACCUUUAAAAGACCUAUUUCAAUCUAUUCUCAUGAAAAGCUUGAGGACGGACAAGCAUUAGAUUCUAAUGCUAAAGAGGGAAUGUUAUUUGCCCUCCUUGCCUAUCUCUAUGAAAAGAAGAGGGUUUCCAAUAUCCCAAGUGUAACAGGAGCUAAACGAGCAGUAAUUUUAGGUUCUAAAACUCAAUCCCUCUGA